AUGGUUAAAUCUUGCAAUCCAAGUAUGAAACGACAAGAUUUGAUGGAUGCAGCAAACAAAGAAUGGUGCAAAUAUCAGAAAGAAUCUGAAGCAACAAUCAAAAAUCAAAUUAAUCAAUAUUUGAUUGCUAGUCCAUCUAUUGUUCGAACAACUGCUUUUUUUUUACCACCCAAUUCACUUGACUUACCUAGUUCAGAAUUAUCAACUUCGAACUCAGCUGGCUCAAAAUUACUAGUUUCAGAUUCAAGUUCUUUAUUAUUAAAUAAAACACCUAUUGCUCCUAAUGCACCAGCUCAACGCAAGUCUUUAAUGUUGAUUCAAGAAGCCGAAGCUAAAAUAACUAAAUAUGAACAUCUACUGAUAAAUACUAGUGAUAAGGAUCUUCGAUAUGAAAUUGCUAUAUCAUUAAAUAAUAUUAGUACACAACAAAUUCAAUUAAGUAACGUAGCUUUUAUAGAAGAUUUUUCUAAUUUAUCUUCUACUAAUUCAUCUUAUUCAUCAAAAGUUUUUGAUUUACGAGAUACACUUUCUGAUACUGAAUAA